AUGGCUGCAUUGCCGUCACCACAGUCACGUUCGUCGCGACCUUCAAUGCCAGUCGCGCCCAUGCAGUCACUGAGCCAAGCGGACGCCACAAUCAAGGAACUAAGGUCGCACAUGGGCGACGACGUCGGACUGUUGUCGUACUUGCCUGAUGAGAAAGUUCGAACAGCGCCCUUCGACAACAAAGCUGAAACUGGAGGCCACCCUCUAUCAACACGUAUCCUGUUCGGCAAAAUUAAGCAAGAGCAAUCGAACCAUAAGGGAGUUUGGGCUUUACUUCACAAAAAACCCGGCAGUAGCAGACCUCUAGAGUGCCGAUUGAAGAUCUUUUCCCAGCUAGGAGAGCUCGAAGAACCGAUUACGCUGGAAGAGGCGAUAGAGCAAGCAUCACCAACUGCGGCGUUUGCUUGCCUCGAGGCGCAGCACGGCCGAUUUGAUCGAGCGCACCUCAGCGCAGUACUGAGGUACUACUUCAUCCUGCAGAAGCUUCAGCUGACGUCCCCGUGGCCUGUUAGCGACAUCUUCAUCUCUGAGCUGAAGUCGGCCUGCAAGGUUGCGAAGGCGAACGCGGAGAAAAAUGUGCUGCAAUCCACGGGCACGGAGGCUGUCACGGUUGUCAGAACUCAGAUUCCAAACAGCAUAGCGCCGUUAAAGUCGCCAAAGUCAACUUUACCACAAGCCAAGCCAGGUGAGAUGUAUACGGGCAGCCACAAGGCAAUCAAAGGCUUCCACCCAGCCAGCGCGUUACCCAGGAACGAUAAACAACAGAUCAAUGCUGUCGCCAAAAGCAAAUCUGUCAGAGUAACGGCUCAGGCUAACCUCCAGCACCAGGGCGUUGAAGACACGAAGCCAAUACUUGCGGAGCUGCUCUUCGGGAAAGCUGCAGAGAAUCUGAACGAGAACGAAGCCAGGGAAAAGAGGUUGACAAAGAAUACGGAGAGGCAAACUGCUCUUAGAAUAGAACUGGAGGAACUUGAAGAGGAGACCGAGAUGCUCAAGACCACCCUGCGCCAGUCAAAGGCUGAGCGCAAGCGUCUGCGUACAUCAUUGUCUGCCAGAGACCUUGCAUUCUUGCAGCUGGGGCAAGAUCUUGCGCAUGGAGGAGCGAAGCGAAUGCGUUUCGACGAUUCGAGCGAGGAAUAG